AUGAAAUUUAUCAAUCGAUGUUUAUAUAAGUUUUCUGUAAAUGUUAUUAGAGACUAAAUCUAUGAGUUCGACAAGAGUGCGAUUAGUUUAAGUGUUCGGAUUAAUAGCUUAAAAGAUUUCAACGAUUUUCAGAAGUUAAGAGACUUAAAAAUACAUCGAAUUAUCUAUAAUCUAAAUGAUCAAGCCGAACUUAUGGAAUUCUUGGCUGAGCAUAAUGAUGAAUGUAUUAAGAAAAUUUUCGAUCCCUCCUUUUUCAUAUGUAUGUCUGAGAAUAAAUGAAAAACUUAGUUCGUGGUGUCAGUGUAAAUGUUCCUACAAUACUGAGGGAUGGCAAUUUUAGAAAGUUAGAGCAAAAGGCAUUACUACAGAUUUGCUAACAUCUAUUCAAAUUGAAGACUGAUCAAAAUAAGACACAAUUCU